UCGCACUCGGGCCUCAGGCUCGGUGCAGUUCAGCACCAGGAUGUUGGUGGCAGCGCUGAGGGGCCCCCACUGCCCCUUCAUGGCAUCUGCUCUCACCGUCCUCCUCCUCGGGCGUGAAUUUCUCAAACCCACCGUCUCGGUGAGCCCCAGCAGGGUGGUGGCGCUCGGGGGAAGCGUCACCAUCCGCUGUGCGGGUUGGUACCCGGGCAUGGAGUUCUUUCUGCGUAAAGCUGGACACCUGAACCCGCAGGUGCGGUCGGUGCCUGAUGGGACCGUGGCUGAAUUUCCCAUCCCCAGUGUCGGCCGGGAAGAUGGAGGGAGCUACACCUGCGACUAUCGCUCCAUAACGGAUCAGAAUAUCACAUCGCAACUCAGCGACCCCGUUGAGAUCAUUGUAGGAGAGCCCAGCUACCCCAAACCCAGCAUCUCCCUGAGCCCCAGCAGGGGGGUCUCCCUGGGGGGAGCCGUGAGCAUCUGGUGUCGGGGGCAGCGCUGGGGCGUGCGGUUCAUGCUGAAUAAAGAGGGACACCAUUUCCCACCUGUGGAUUCAGACGACAAUGAGGCUGUGUUUCCCAUCAGCAACGUGAGCCGGGAGGACGGUGGGAGCUACAGCUGCUCCUAUCACAGCAGAUCGGAGCCGUUCACCGUGUCGUACCCCAGCGACCCCAUGGAGCUGGUGGUAAGAGCAGCCUCCCCGGAUUUCAACAAAACCAACGUCGCCCGCCUGGGGCUGAGCGCCGUGGUUGUGCUCGUCCUGGGGCUGAUCCUGGCUGAGGCCUAUUACAGCCGCCCAAGGGGAGCACCCUAGGUGCCUGGAUCCGGCUGUGCAGGGAAGAGAAUCUCCCUGGGGGACGAGCUGCUUUACCGUGGGGUGCUGAGACGCCGGCACAAACCCCCUGCCAUCAAACACCCCUGCCUCAGAGAAUCCCCCCACCAAACAGCUCCCGACCUGACAGCGGCACCCCAGGAUUGAACCCCCAAUGCCGUGUGUGACGUUGCACUCCAUAUGUUUAUGGAAAUACAUUAUAUUUACACUCAUAAGCAUAACUGGAAUAUGCUUUAUGCAA